GGUUGCCGAGUUGAGCUUUGUCUCGUGUCGGAUUGACUGCUGAAAGAAGAGAGAGAAAGAAUUGAUAAAUGGAGUGAAGGAAGGGGGAAUGUUUUUUUUGAGCUUUUGUCUGACAAAUACCAAAAACGAAAUCGGCAAAAAGCAAAAUCAGCUGUUAAUCUGCACUAAAGAGGGAGAAAAUGGGUGCGGAGAAUUCCUCAAAAAUCAAUCCCGAGCCUGAUUUUGACGGUGAUGCGGUCGACUCUCGAAUCCUAUUGAAUGUCUACGACCUCACUCCGAUGAACCAAUACGCUGUUUGCUUCGGCUUUGGAAUCUUCCAUUCCGGCAUCGAAGUUCAUGGAAAGGAAUAUGGAUUUGGAGCACAUGAUUUCCCUAUUAGUGGAGUAUUUGAAGUGGAACCGAGGUGUUGUCCUGGCUUUAGCUAUAGAUGUUCGAUUCCCAUUGGUUGUAUAAACAUGUCCCCUCCAGAAUUCCGAGAAUUCAUCGAGAGGGUGGCUUCUGAGUAUCAUGGUGAUACCUAUCAUCUUAUCUACAAGAAUUGCAACCAUUUUACCAAUGACAUGUCGACAAGACUCUUAGGCAAAGGGAUCCCUGGUUGGGUUAAUCGGCUUGCGAAGCUAGGUUCUUUAUGCAGUUGUCUGCUACCUGAAAGUCUUCAAGUAACUACGGUUAAACAACUGCAUGAAUAUCAUGCAUGUGGAGAAGAAGAUGGUUCAGACGUUAUGUCUAAUACGAGUAACCUAACAGAAUUUGACGAUGCAAAUCAUGACAAACACCUUCUUUCGCCUUCUGUUGGCGUCUCAGAAGUGAGUUUUAUUAAAGAAUCCCAGAGGUGAUCUAAACUGCUAAAUUCCUAGCAGAAACUCAUGACCUUGCUGCGAUUUUUUUGCUUCCUUCCAAUAAAGCGGUCGAAAAGUUAAAAAAAAAGUCUCCUGGGCGAGCGAACAGGCGAUGACUUGCUGAUUUUGUAACCACAAGGUUUUCCAUGUCUUGAUCACUGGUUUCCUCUAUCUAUAGAGAACCAUUCUCCACCUGUUUCAAAUGUGGCUCUAAAUUCUUUGACUUUGGUUCUAUCUAUAUAUUUGUUCUGUUUGUUGUUGUAAACCCAUUAUAGUAUAUAUUUAUAUAAUAAUAAUAUCUCGAACUUCAUUCUUUGUUCA